CAUUCCGAAUAUUUUUAGAUUGUGAAGGCAAAAACUGAAUCAGAUGAACACUUAAAGGGGUAUAUUGGGGUCUUUUCUAUCAUAUUAACCGUUUGCUGUUUGGUUUUUAAUACGGGUAGGCAAGUGUUUGCGCCAUCAGGCUUACGGUGUUAGCAGCUAGCGAUCAACCAAACGACAAAGGAAAUACAGCCAGUCGAAUCGCAUUUCCAUAAAAUAUAUUUUAUUCACGUAAACUAUUUGGAUUGGGUACUUAUUUUCGAAAAUUCACCGGCAAUAUUAAAAACAGUUUGAAUAAACGCGAAAUAAUCCACUAAAAUGGCGGAGCCGGACAAAUUAAACAUUGACUCCAUAAUACAGCGUCUCCUGGAAGUGAAAGGCUCCAGGCCUGGCAAGAACGUACAGCUGACAGAGAAUGAAAUCCGUGGUCUCUGUCUCAAGUCUCGGGAAAUUUUCCUCAGCCAGCCGAUCUUGCUGGAGCUGGAAGCACCGCUCAAGAUUUGUGGUGAUGUUCACGGUCAGUACUAUGACCUUCUUCGUCUCUUUGAAUAUGGGGGCUUUCCUCCUGAGAGCAACUACUUGUUCCUGGGGGACUAUGUGGACAGAGGGAAACAGUCGCUAGAGACCAUCUGCCUCCUGUUGGCCUACAAAGUCAAAUAUCCUGAAAACUUUUUCUUGCUGCGUGGCAACCAUGAGUGCGCCUCUAUCAACCGUAUAUAUGGCUUCUAUGAUGAGUGUAAACGACGGUAUAAUAUUAAACUUUGGAAGACCUUCACAGACUGUUUCAACUGUUUACCUGUGGCUGCCGUUGUAGACGAGAAGAUCUUCUGUUGCCAUGGAGGCCUCUCUCCAGACCUGCAGUCAAUGGAGCAGGUGCGGCGUGUCAUGCGGCCCACGGAUGUGCCUGACCAGGGGUUGCUGUGUGACCUGCUUUGGGCUGACCCCGACAAAGACGUGCUGGGCUGGGGAGAGAACGACCGCGGUGUAUCCUUCACCUUCGGUGCGGACGUGGUGGCCAAAUUCCUUCACAAAUACGACAUGGACCUAAUAUGCAGGGCACAUCAGGUGGUGGAGGAUGGUUAUGAGUUUUUUGCUAAGAGACAGUUAGUCACUCUGUUCUCCGCUCCUAACUACUGUGGUGAGUUUGAUAACGCUGGGGCCAUGAUGAGUGUAGAUGAGACACUCAUGUGUUCUUUUCAGAUCCUUAAGCCAGCCGAUAAGAAGCUGUAUUACGGAGGAGGUGGUGGAAUGGGUUCAGGUCGUCCAGUAACCCCACCACGAAAUUCAGCCAAGGGCGGAAAAGUGAAAAAAUAACACCUGCUGGAUAACCCCCUUACUUCCCAUAUUCCGAAAAUCCAUUUUUACCCCACAAUCUUUCUCUACCUCCCUUCUUCCUUUCCGUCUCCAAACUGCUCUAAAGCAAAACAGUACCCAGGGUUGAAGUCUUUUUAUUGUCCCCCCCAAACUCUUUGUAUUUGUCUUUCCACCCAUCCCUCCCCUUUUUCGUUUCCCCACCUGUAUCUAUUGUGAUGGAACCUUCAAAGAAGCCUCCAUUUGAAUGCUAAACACAGAACUGCACUUUCUCAUUUGGUUAGAGAGCCAGUCAGAAUGAAAUGUAAACAUGUAUUUACAUGUGUACACAUAUGCAGGGACGGAUGUGCAGAGAAAGUGUGAGGUAGAGAGAGACACGUCACAGAUGCAUAUUUUCCAUUUAGAGAUCCAGUGAUUUAAAAACAAUCAUGUUGGAACUUUUUACUUUUUUUAGAUGGAUCACAACAAAAGCUUUGAAAUUCUUUGCUUAUUAUGUGUGUUUUUUUUAUGUCUUUUUUGAAAGACAGUUAUCAAUAAAAAUAACUUUAUUUAAACAUCCUGUACUAUUUUACUGUCUCUCAUUAUCUGAAGUCACAACUUGUUUCCUCAACUGAAUGUUUACUGUUUUAUCCUGUUUUAUUUGUUUUGCAUGUUUAAAGAGGACUGAAUUUAGUCUUUCAGGGUUGACCAGAGCAUACAGAUUUGCAUAGGACUGAGAAUGUACAUCUGAUCAUUUUAUGUUUGUAUUCUCACUAUCUGUCUGUCACUUUGGUCUUUCUGUGUAAUUCUCUCUGGACCCAAUUGUAACACAGUUUCUUCCCCUUUUACCUUUAAAUUAUGCAUUUCUCCACAGCGCUUGUAAUCACUCUUUCCUAUUGGUCCCUCUGUCCUUUUUUGCCCUCUUCCAAGUGAGCAUUAUCUGGCUUUAAAGCAGUGGUCAUGAAUCUUUCUUUGCCAGCUCUCUUCUCAUCCCUCUAGACCUUUGGAGACCUAUUGUCCUUUUUAUCUGUCUCCCUCCAUUUCAAUCAUUGUGUUUAAGUUAAUAGGUAGUUGGUAAAUCUCAGAGGAGUUGCUAUAGUAAUUAGGAUUUAAGAAAUCUUCUGUUGGCCUCACAAAUGCACGCCACUGGCUCUGACACAUUGUUAAUGCAAAACACUGAUUCACUAGUUUUUCAAUGUGUCCUCUAGCAGGGGAUAAGGAUAUUGCAAAGCAAUACAUUAGUGCCCUCUGCUGCCUCAAAGAAACACUGUGCACGUAACCAUGCCUCUACGCUUUUAAAUUACUUUAGCAUCACAGCAGUAUUUGUGAUAUACCAAAUACAAUAGUAUGCCAUUGUUCCAAUGCGUGGCAUCUGCUGACCAUGGAAUCCAAAGUGGUCAAACACACCGGUAGGAGGGAUAAUAUCUCUCUUAUACCAAGAGAGAGAGAGUAUGCGUGUGUGUGUGUGUUUUAAUGAAUAUGUGGAAAGAAAGCAAAAAGUUUGUCAGUUUCCUAUUGCUUAAUGACCUGUCUGUUAUUUCUGAUCCCAGGAAAGGCUGAUAAAUUUGGGCAUAACAUGUUUGUUUACAGCAACACUGAGAUUAUUACUUUAUUAAUAGUAGAGUUCUUGUUGUUCAUUUAUAAAUAGUUAUUUUUCUCCCUUUUGGUUUACUUGAUAGAGCAGGAUUUUUAGGAUUGUUAUAUAUUUUUCUCUCUUUUCUUUCAUGAAGCAUUCAGGGAUGCUUUUCCUCAGUCCACUGUUGUAGUUUAAAAACAUUUCAGCUGUACCAUAAUGACAAAUAAAAUGGGGGUCCCCCCCCCAAUGCAGUUUAAUUUCCAACCACAAAUCUUGUUUCUCAGCUAUCAGAAA